CCUGGAGCGCGCGGCGCGGCAGCAGUUCCAGCAGGACGAGACCCCCGCCUUCGUGUACGUGGUGGCGGUCUUCUCCGCGCUGGGCGGCUUCCUGUUCGGCUAUGACACCGGCGUGGUGUCGGGGGCCAUGCUGCUGCUCAAGCGGCAGCUCAGCCUGGACGCGCUGUGGCAGGAGCUCCUGGUGUCCAGCACGGUGGGGGCGGCCGCCGUCUCGGCGCUGGCCGGCGGGGCCCUCAACGGCGUCUUCGGCCGCCGCGCCGCCAUCCUGCUGGCCAGUGCGCUCUUCACCGCCGGCUCCGCCGUGCUGGCCGCUGCGAACAACAAGGAGACCCUGCUGGCCGGCCGCCUGGUCGUGGGGCUCGGCAUCGGCAUUGCUUCUAUGACAGUGCCAGUGUACAUCGCCGAGGUCUCACCACCCAACUUAAGAGGUCGAUUAGUCACCAUUAAUACCCUCUUCAUCACAGGAGGGCAGUUCUUUGCCAGUGUUGUUGAUGGAGCCUUCAGUUAUCUCCAGAAAGAUGGAUGGAGGUACAUGCUGGGACUUGCAGCGGUUCCAGCAGUUAUACAGUUCUUUGGCUUUCUCUUUUUGCCUGAAAGCCCUCGAUGGCUUAUUCAGAAAGGACAGACUCAGAAGGCCCGGAGAAUUUUGUCCCAGAUGCGCGGUAACCAGACCAUCGAUGAAGAGUACGACAGCAUCAAGAACAGCAUUGAGGAAGAGGAGAAGGAAGUUGGUUCAGCUGGACCUGUGAUCUGCAGGAUGCUGAGUUAUCCCCCCACUCGCCGCGCUUUAAUUGUGGGUUGUGGCCUACAAAUGUUCCAACAGCUCUCAGGCAUUAACACCGUCAUGUACUACAGUGCAACCAUCCUGCAGAUGUCUGGCGUUGAAGAUGACAGAGUCGCUAUAUGGCUGGCUUCGGUGACAGCCUUCACAAAUUUCAUUUUCACGCUCGUGGGCGUCUGGCUUGUUGAGAAAGUGGGCCGCAGAAAGCUCACCUUCGGCAGUUUAGCAGGUACCACGGUAGCUCUCAUUAUUCUUGCUUUGGGAUUUCUGCUCUCAGCCCAGGUUUCCCCGCGCAUCACCUUUAAACCAGUAGCUCCGUCAGGUCAGAACGCUACUUGCACAAGAUACAGUUACUGUAAUGAAUGUAUGUUGGACCCAGACUGCGGUUUCUGCUACCAGAUGAACAAAUCAGCCAUCAUCGACUCCUCCUGCGUUCCAGUUAAUAAAGCGUCUACAAACGAGGCGGCCUGGGGCAGGUGUGAAAAUGAAACCAAAUUCAAAACAGAAGAAGUAUUUUGGGCUUACAAUUUCUGCCCUACUCCAUACUCUUGGACUGCACUUCUGGGCCUUAUUUUAUAUCUAGUUUUCUUCGCACCCGGAAUGGGACCAAUGCCUUGGACUGUGAAUUCUGAAAUAUAUCCCCUUUGGGCAAGAAGUACAGGAAAUGCAUGUUCAUCUGGAAUAAACUGGAUUUUCAAUGUUCUGGUUUCACUGACGUUUUUACACACAGCAGAGUAUCUUACAUACUACGUGAGCUUCUAUCAGGUCAGCACACUGGUCCACUUGGUCUACGGCUGGCUGACAGUGGAACAGUAUUUCAGUUCAGGAGCCUUCUUCCUCUAUGCUGGAUUCGCUGCUGUGGGACUCCUUUUCAUCUAUGGCUGUCUUCCUGAGACUAAAGGGAAGAAAUUAGAGGAAAUUGAAUCACUCUUUGACAACAGGCUCUGUACGUGUGGCGCUUCUGAUUCUGAUGACGGGAGAUACAUUGAAUAUAUUCGGGUAAAGGGAAGUAACUAUCAUCUUUCUGACAACGAUGCUUCUGAUGUGGAGUAAUUUUCAACUGCUUGUGUACGUAGUUAUUUAAACAACCUUGGGAGAAAAGAGCAGCAAUUGGUGACCUUACUGCCCUGCUUCUAAUCUGGGUCUUUCCAGUCUAGUUUUAAAUGACUUCAUAAUCUUUGAUUAGAAGGAAGAUACAAUCAUGUUGACAUUUUUUUUGCAUAAGCAGAUAUAUAUUUAAAAAAUUAGGUAUUUUAAAAUAAUCAUUGAGCAAAUAUGUGUAAUUCCUUCCUGAGAUAGUCUAAAAUGAAUAUUGUAUCCAGUGACUUCAGUGGUAUCCUUUUUUCCUAAGACCAUAUAUAAUUAUUAGUGGCAAUUAAAUCAGUGCUAAUCUAGCUGAAUCAUGUACGUGUGAUAUAAAGGAGGAUCCUAGGAUAUGGUCCAAGGAUGUUUAUCAAAACAUGGCCUAUUGGCUCUAAAUUCUUCUAAGGACAAGUAUCUAAUCUGUGAUCAGCUAUUAGAAAGUAAAUUCCAUUAAGCUUUCAUCAACAGUGCCUCCUACAAGGGCACAGCUGUCUUUAUCUCCUUUGGCUUCUACAUUUUGGUUUCUCUCUUCAAACUGAGAUCUUGAGAGUUCUUCAGAAACUGACUCUGCACAGGAUCUUUGGAACAUUAUGAAAAGCAGGUCUUUUAGGGUAUAUUUUCAUACAUAUUUUUUGCAUCGGUGAUAAGUGUACAUUUGCACAGAUAAGCUAGCAAGUUUUGAUAAGUAUAUUUUAUUGCUAGAAACGUAAGAAAGAAGAUUUUUAUGGGUCCCUCAUUGAGUUAGUCACUUAGGUAUGGAACUAUAAAUAUAAAUAGCACUAGACCUUCAGCUGCAUUUCAGGGUCAGUUUUUGUACAUGCCAAAAUCACCUGACACUCACCAUGCCUUUGUUCAUCAACUCUCGAGUCUUAUUUGUGCCUUCAUUUGUGUUAUAUAAAUAGCUGCUAGCAGACUAUUUUCCGCUUCUUUUAUUCAAAUAAUUUCUGAAACAGAAAAGGAAGAAAAUCAGUGACAAAUAAUCCUGUUGUUAAUUAGUGGGACUUAUUUUAACUUUUUAUUAAUCUUCCUAAGGGAAUUGUCACUUUUACUUUCCUUUUUUUAAAUGUAAGAGCAUAAACUAGUUUUUAGUUUGCACACCUUUUCUCCUUUUCUCUGACAAUUUACUCCCCACUGCCUUCUCCGCCCUCCAAAACCACACAUAGAUUUGUCUGUGGCUGUUUCCUUUUACUCAUGCGUGGCUUGAAUUUUUUUCCUUAUCUAAAAAUUGGGGUUUUUCUAUUGGGACAGAUUAAUGGUUCUCACAUAGCACAUGUCUUUAAGAAAUGUUGACUUUGCAUUUUUACAAUGUCUUCUCAAAGUGUUAACUGGGCUUUAUGUUCCUUUAUCAGUGAACUCUUAUUUUUUGCUCUUACAUUAGGAACUAUAUAGUAUAUACAAAAUUACUUGCUAGUUCCGGUGAAAUUAUGAAUGACUCUUCUGUGGCCAGUUGGGAAUGCAUAAGUGUGAUGCAUUUUAACAUGGCUCUAAACAUCUGAUAAGGUAUCCUGGGAGUGAAAAGGUGGCUAUCUCUAAAUUCAGUCUAGCUGCCAAUCUCCAAGAUAUUUUCUCUUCAAGACUGGCUUGUUCCGAUCACAAGUGUCAAAGCCGAGAAUGUAGCCAAAGAGGUUCCACUGUCUAAGUCAGCAGGGGUCUGAUAUGUGCUUUUAGCGGUCGCUUUUCUGGUAAAACAUUUUCUCCCUUUGAUCACAGCAUAUAUUGAGUGUUUUUUUUCUUGAAUUAGGUGCUUUGACAAUUGAUUUCUAAUUUGAUACUAAUUUGCCCCAUAAAAGUAAAUGUGAUUUCAUAGAGAAAAUUAUUCUAUUGAUACUUUUUAUCCCAUAAUGAAUUUCUUACCUGUGUAAUAUUUCACACAGGUAAGUGAAGUAGAAAAGGAAGGAUCUGUUGGGUCUUAAAAUCAAAAUAUGACGGGGAGAAAAAGCAUUUAGACAAAUGAAGUACUCACUUUAAGAAUUUUUCUGAUUUAUCCAAAUAAUUGCCUCAGUUCUUCUCUUUAUUAUAUAUGUAGCCUUAACUCAGCUGGGCUGAAUGCACAGUAACUUUAUUAAAGGAACAACUCGACUCUUAUUAUUUUGUAAAGCAGAACAUGGCCAGUUCUCCCUGACAUAUUCAAAUGGUGUUUUCAACUUGAUAUCCAUAAAUGCACAUAAUAGCAGGGAAAAUUAGCCACAGUUCUCCUCAACCCCUUCUUUAAAGGACUCUUUGUUAUUUAUAUAGAGAUAAAUAUUCCAUAUCUUUGAAGUACAGAACAGAGAGGCACAGUAUAAGAAUUAUUUAUAAUUUUUUAAAAAACAAAUAACUACUUGAAAAGGAACCUUAUACAAUUAGGGUAUUAUUUUUAGAUUCGGUGAAUAUUUAUAGUAUAUGAAAAUUUAAUGUUUGAAUUUUCAAAGUUUUUUUAUAUUUAUGCACCUUUUAAGUUCUCAGCAUCUUUAGCUACCACUAUCAACUUGAAAACAUUCUAUUUGAAAUAUCAUCAAAUAUAUAUUUUGUAGGACAAUUUAUAUAUGGUAUGAUUUAACCUACCAUAUCAAAACGCAUUAAGCAUCAUGCUUUUAACUGAAAUGAUAGGUUUGCUUCUAAACAUGCUGCAAAUUCAAUAGACAUAUAUUAAGUUUUAGGGAAACAGUGAAGAAAGUUGUAACCCCUAUUAAGGCUUAUUAGCUGGAUGGCUGAUGAGAUCUGCACUAGAAUUCAGAAUGCAACUUUCAUCUGCAUCUGAACACUUAAGUCUAAAGUUGGUGUAAGAUAGGUUUUAAGGAUUUGGCAUUAUUUUUCUUCAAUAUAAACAUUCCUAAUAAUUUUGAUUGUUACAUCUUAGUCAAUAAUUACCCAACACACGAUUUUUAAUGUAUUUGUAAAAGAUCUAAAUUAAAACUAAUUUAAAAGGUUUGAAAUUUUGUUCCCAAUCAUAUGCAGUAGUUAGUUCACUGAGGAAAAUGCUUUGAGAGUAAUGCUAUCAAGUGCUUUCUCAUAACUUUAUUUUACCACUAAACAAGAUUUAAGUAUGUGAAUCUAAAUAUGUUUUUAGGUUACUCUAAAAUGGGAAAUCCAUUAAAGCAAAAAAUUUAGAAAUUGUUUACUCUAAUUCACAAUCAAUGAACAAGAAAAACAUAAAUUGACAACUUACCCUUCUUCUUUUUUCCUCAGAAAGUAAAACUGAAAUGCAUAAUAAUAGUCCAUAGAUCCUGGGGAAAAAUAUUCUAGAAAAUACUAUCUAUAUGUUAUCUAAGAGAAUCUCACAAUCUAAUGGCGCUAAUAUUGUUUAUAAAUACUGUAAUACAGUGGGGGGAAGAGAAGGAUUGUUUUGAUUUUCACUGGCACUAAUUGAAAACAAUAAAAUUAGUAAGAUACUUUGUUAUAAUCAGAUUUUUUUUAACCAUUUUCCUACUUACAAAAUCUCAAAUUAUACUAAGCGCCCAAUAACUGGCAGUUGUGACAAGUUUUCAAUGACCAAAUUCAGACCUUUUCACUAACAACAAAUACAGGAACGAUAUACCAGGCAAGGAGCAGAGAAUUCAUAUGUGCUUUAGAGCAAAGUGUAUUAAAUUGUGGAUAAAAUUUACAGCUCAUGUGUAAAUGCUGCCUCUAAAAAGACUCAGAAUUGUUCUGUGGAUUAAUUUUAGUGUCCUGUUUUCUGUCACUUUCUAUUAAUUUUCUUAGUCUUAUGUACAGAAAUGUUAAGCUCAUGAAUGAAGUGAUUCAGGUUGCAGCAGUGAAUCAAUGGUCAGUACAUUCAGUUCUGGGUGGGCAAUAUUGUUGCUAUUUUCUAGGAAUAGCAAUCAUUUAAAAAUACCAAACAGCUAACUGCUACCAACUCGCUUAUAUAUUGUCUUAGAGAAGGGAAAUUUUUGUGUGCCAGUUAUCAUCAGAGAGAUAUUUUAUGAGUGUUAAUGUUGUUCAGAAGUACAUGAAAGAAUUUUAUCCUAAUUUGCUUGUGAGUAUAAAACAAUAUAAUUCCUAUAAAUCUUUACUUUGUACGUAUAAAAUAGUCUGUUGCACUUGAGUGAUUUGGUCUGUGGAAUGGUAAAUACCUACCUUUGUUUAGUAGUAAUAUACAGAUUUUUGUUUUAGACAGUUAAGUUCAUGUGUUUGAUUUGUCAUAUCAAUAUAAAUGAAAAAAAUUGCAACAUCCAUGUACUUAAAAGAUAAAAACCAGUAUUUUGUAAAGUUUUAAAAUGUUAGCAGAUUUUAAAUAACAUUCCAUUUCAUUUCGAGGUUAAAAAAAGAUGAGACUUAACUCUAGCCAAAGUAGAAAUUUAUAUUCUACAUGUCCAAACUGGUUCCUAGCAGCUUUUGGACUCUAUCUCACUUAAUGUUAUAUCUUUUAUUUAUAAUGUUCAAAUUUCUAUUUAGAAGCUCUACUGUGUAUCUAGACUAAAUCAAAACAAUUUUAUGCUUUUAAAAUAUGUUUUCAAAGUGUGUAUUUUAAUUUCUGAGUGCAUGUUAUAGAGUGUUUAAUAUUCACAUGUCUUGGCAAAUACAAUAUAUAUAUUUAUUCCUACAUGUGACAUAUGGGAUAUCUCUGAAAAAUUAUGAAUAUGUAUCAUUUCCUUCAAAGUCAUUCUAGCCUAUAGCUGUAUCAAAAGUAUUGUAUAUUUUAUGAGAUUUAGUGAUGUAUAUGUAAAUGUUUUUUAAGUUAUUUUAUUGAAGUUCAAUCUUUACAUAAAAUUAAAAUCUUUUUUUAAAAAAUGUGUCAGUGCCAGAACUGUAAAUGAAAAUAAUCAAAUAAAAGUUAAGACAAUUCAUUACUCAUUUA